UUUCUUUACUUUACUUUGCUCCCACCCUCCACACCACCCAUUCUUCACACUAGUGUACUCUUCUAUACCAUUGAUCAUUCAUAUUACUUGCCCUAUAUUAGUGCCACCUAUCUAUUAGUAUUAGCCCCUCCUCAUCUGCAAAUAUAUUUUACUCACCAAAACCUCGCACUUGUUAUAUAUGGCCAACAUGGAACAAACCUCUAAGGAAGUUCCUGCUGAUUCUUCCAUAGCAGAUCAAUCCAAUUCCAAUUCCAGUAGUAUUACUCAAGUAAAUUCCAUGACUGAAUUUUCCCAAGACGAGGAAGCUCUUAUCAUCAGGAUGUAUAAACUACUAGGAGAUAGGUGGCCAUUAAUUGCUGGAAGAAUUCCUGGAAGAACUGCUGAAGAUAUAAAGAAUUACUGGACUUCAAGAUACGCUUUCACUAGCCAAUCAAGUGAAUAAAUAUUAUAUUAUACUGGUGCAUAUCCAUGUGUGAGUGUUUUCACACUUUCUGGUGUACUUGGCCAUUUAAAUAUUGGCAGCAACUAAAUAAAAUGCAUAUGCUUACUAUGCUCUCUAUCUAUCUGAAUGUUGCUUGAUGUGAGUGUGAUUGUUAUUGUACCAUGCAUUAUUCAGGACUUGGUUUCUCUUAUUUAUGUAUUAAAUAAUACUUCUUAAAAA